GAGGUCAUUCAUGCGAACAAGGGCCUUUCCACGCUGAGGGAGGCCACGUACUCCUUGUUCGUCGCGGGCAUUGGCGAAGGCUUUGUCAGCAACUUCCUGCCGUCCUUCUUCACCUAUAGAAUAUCAGGCAUCUUUUGGCUCGUCUUCUUGGUCAUCGGACAGAUCUUGCUGCUCAACCUCGUCAUCGAUGCCUUUGUGGCAGCGUAUUUGAAGGGCUCAGAGGAGGAGCUCGACAGGAAAGCCUCUGCCCAGGCGAAGAGCAUGCUUGGCGCCUUUAGGACUCUGUCAGCAGAUGGCGACCAUCGAAUAGUGCCCGAC